AAACCCGUGUGACACAGAUUGGGAAUCGAACAAAAACCGAAAACGCUACCAAUUGGAUACCUACUUAAACACCGAACGGCAACGAGUGCACUCCAUAAUAUACACAAUUUCCCCAAUAUGAUGUCCAGACAAGCUCUGCUAAUUGCCGGACUCCUGCUCAUCGUGGGCAGCUCCGCGGUGUUCUCAUACCCACAAUCCACACCCGAAGAAGAGCAAAUGCAGAGCGAUGCAGAUGAUUUUGAUUAUGGAGAAGAAAGCCAAAGUGCGCCCAGUCCGCAGACGAAAUCUACGCAUCCCAGUAUCGGUGACAAGAUGAACAAAUCCCUUACUGUGACCGGAAUCCGAGGCGAAAAUGUGAAGCUCACGUGCGAUGUGGGAACCGAUCUGGAAAACUGUGAGGUUUGUUCUGUUCUGUGGCUUUUUGGCGACCAUGUCAUAGCCAAUGGCAAGAAUGUGGUGCAGCCCAACUUCAAACUGGACUCGAACUUUGAUCUGACCAUCCUAAAGGCCAGUCCCCAGGACGCCGGCGGCUAUAGCUGCAAUGUCCUGCCCGCCGGAUCCGUGGUCAGCACGAAGGUGAUCAUCGCCGAGCAUUCCCUGGACGCCAUUGCACCGGAGAGCUCCACCUCGGCGGCGGGAUCUGCGAGCAGUUUUCUCGGCCACACGCUACUCGGAUCGAUCGCAUUGCUGCUCCUGGGGAUGGGCAAACACUAG